UUACUAUCGCUCAACUUUGUCAAAUAUUAAUAAAGUUGAGUUGACAAUCUGAGUAGUUGCUUCGAUAAUAAAUAUUAUCUACUUCGACGGAAUUGUCGACGAAAUUCGACAGCGAACGUUAGCUCACUUAUAAUAUAAGCGUGUAUUAAUGUGAAUAUUUCGUUCCGCUCAGCUAAGCAUCGACGCACGAAUGUAUGUAACAUCUGGUUCCAGUAGACCGCGUGAUUUACUUAGGGAAAUCGUAGGCUUGGGAACAAUUUUGGUGUAUAUAAGCUAAUAUCUACGGACAUUUGCGGGCAUGCCUAUUGCAUCCAUAUCAAAUAAAGGAAUAUAUAUAGAAGAAUAAUACAUAAUAUAACAUUAUCAGCUACGUGUGCACAAUCAUAAAUAUGUAUCUAUCAAACAGCAACGAUCCAAAUAUUUAGGUGUAAUUCUCUGUCAACACUGCAUUUAUCAUUUAGUACAUCAAACGAUAUAUAAAUUUUCUAAUUACAAUCCCAAACAUGAUGAGCUCGACGUUGAUGGUUCUCGUGUCUGUGACAACUAUGGCAAUGAUAUCCGGCGAAGUUUUCGCCGCGUUGCCUGCUCAGUGCAAUCCGGGAUUUUUUGAGGAGCUUCCGCCCAGGCUACGUAAAAUCUGCGUCACUAUCGCCAGAAUAUGGGACGCUAGUGACAUGAAUAAUUUUAUCGACGACAAAGACUUUGUGAAUGUGUGUAUGUGUGUGUGGCGGCUUAUUUUUUAUGUAACCCGUAGUAACCCUCUGUGCAUAAUAUUUUUGCAAAAGCUGUUACAAAUGGAUUUAUUCAGCAUCGAAGAGUCGAAACAACUCAUAAAUGCACGACCUACUUGAUCUAAUUUCGGAUUUGCAGCUGCUUUCGUGCUUCGAUAUAAUGAAGAAUCCAUCUCUGAAAUAAGACCAACCAAUAACGGAAUAUUUUGUAUUGAUUUGUAUCUUUUAUUUAUACACUGAUUUUUAUGUAUGUAUAUAUUUUUAUUUUUACAGUAUACUAUACCGAUUAUGCUAUCCUGGAUGUCAAUCCUUUUUUAUUCGAUUAUUCGUAUAUAUUUUCGAGUUGAAGUUUGCGUUUGGAUAAUCAAGGGAGCUGUAUUGAAUUGCUUUCAGAAUACCGAGAGUAUUUGCCGCGAUAUAACAGCGGUGUCAAGAGGCAAGAUGUCGAUCACGUUUUCUUGCGCUUCGGCAAACGACGUUAAAAUGGCAUCGCCCAUUCUGCUCUGUAUGCACAAGCGGUAAACGAUCAAGUUCUCUUCAAGUCGUUCGAUCGCCUCAUCAUCGACUCGUAGGACAUUUGCCGAAUUAUAAAAAUCUACAAUCAGCCCUUUCCCUCCCCCGCGCCGAAAGACGAUCGCCUAAUCUCAUUAAAUAAUCUAGUCUCUUCUUCGACUAUUGCAUUUGAACGGCGUUUAAGGGCGAAAUCGGUGCUUUUUUAGCGUUAAGUCAACGUGAAAGUGAUUUCGAUAGAUUUUGAUAGAUUUGCACUUCAAACACACACCGCGAUUAAUUUGUUCAAAAAGUUCAGAUAGAUAUCAAAUAGCUUUGAAACGUGUUACAUUAUGCAAGUUUUUUGGUAAAUAUAUAGAAAACUGGUGCCACCUCCGAUAGGCUUGACCUUGACAUAUGUUAUAGAGGUCACUCUCCUGAGUGACCUUCUGAAGAUUUUAGCCGUCGCUCGUUGUUUGUUAAAAAGUUAUUAACAAAAGAAGUUGCAUAAAAUGAAUGUAAUUUUUGGACACCGUAUAUAUGAAAACAUCGAAUUUGUAGGUUAAGAAGAUGUCUGCCACUGCUCUAAGUAACAUUUAAAAGCUUUUAACUGGCACUCAUUGUUUGUUAAAAAGUUAAAAAAAAUGCAUUAAUAUCAACACAGAGUAUAUUAAGUGGAGUAUAUAAACGGUGUCUGUCACGCUUCCUGUGUCUAGGAAGCUACGUCCCCCAGUUACACGGCUAGGGACAGGCACCUUUUUUAUUUUUAUUAUUUUCUAUUUAUAAAAUUUCAAAUAUAAUAGGAACACAUGCGCACACCACGAUGUUGUCCAAAAAUUACAUUCAUUUCAUGCAACUUCCUUUGUUAAUAACUUUUUAACGAACAACAAGCGACGGCUAAAACCUUCAGAAAGUCACUCAGGAGGGUGACCUCUAUAACAUAUGUCAAGGUCAAGCCCAUCGGAGGUGGCACCAGUUUUCUAUAU